UGUCUGCUCUCUAGUUACAGUAUGGCGGCUGGGACUUGCGGAGGAGGACAACUUCUUCUAGAUUCCUUCCACAAAACUGUUGGAAGGCGACGGCAUUAAUAUAAAACUUAUAGCGGCAACCACGAGGUACACUGCAACAGACGACAGCGGCAUAACUUGUGUUCCUUACUGGGGCUUUCCCCAGAAAAUAAUCGGACUGGUGUGUGAUGCGUGAGGACCCGCAGUCAAGAAACUCCCCUGAUUUUUCCGCGUCGGUUUCUGCUCUGACUGUCAGUUAGCCGGCUAGCUGCUAGGUAGCUCCCUUCAAUGCUAACGCUCGCCUGCAGAGCUCUGUAUUAGCAAAAAGAAGCGCUAGCGUGUUGCUUUUAUUUACCCCAGGUGACAGGGAUGGUGUAUCGUAUCCAUUCGGUAAGCGGACUGGUUGAAAAAGAUGGGGAGAAAAAAUUUGUGGACCUGGACGAUAACUUUGUCAGUACUCAUUAGCCUAGCCUAGCUUAGCCUAGCUUUCUGGUACAACGCCAGAAGAGAGUUAGCCAAUUAGCAUUUUAGUUGCACAAGACGACCAGAUAAUCCCCCCCUGUUCAUCCUGGUGGAUGGUUUGGAAACGUCUCCGCUGACUAGUUCAGACGAAGAGUGGGCACUGAGCUGCUUUAGUUUUAUAACUCAGGGGUGUUUUGGCGUUCAGGCUCGCUAGGUAUUCUCUGGUGGAGGGAGUGGUGAAGGUAGGGAGAUAGGAAGGUAGCUAAGGUUCCCUGCAUCAGGGCAACAAGGUCACUCAGAUUAUGACGAGCCAUACAUGUCAACUACAGUUAUAGAUGACACUUUAGUAAAUGACAGACGCGUGUGUGUUUGUGUGUAUGUGUGUAUAGGGUGAUGAACGCUGGGGUGUGUGCCUGCUGUUAGCUUGCUGCAAGAGAAGACAACACAGCUCAGAAGCGCGCAAUAAUUGGACCUACUGCUCUUGAUAGACGUUAAACAGACAGUUUAGUCAGCACAGAAGGAGUUUGAUGGACGUGAGGGGCUGUCAGUGCUAUACUCACUCAUGUAUGUCUUGACACAUGGCAGCUUGGUCUGUACAUAGUGCCUGCUGUCACACAUAAGCGUCGUUAUGUAGCUUCGGUGGGCAUUCAGUGAGGGGAAUGUCCUGUCUUUUUUUUAUACCUGUUGGUUUGUUUUUUUAUUUCUCACACACGAGAGAGGACCAUGUUUACUAGUUAGUGCCUAGAAGAUUAGAGGACUAACAUUUCAGCCUACAGAUAGGCCGCAGAUAUUGUAGAUUAUUCCUAUUUUUUUUUGGAGGAGGGACUGCACCAGAAAAACCUGCCACUCUGGAUCAAGAAAACUUGCCCCUCGUCUCUGGUUGGAGUAAUACUCUCAAGCCAAAAUCAAUGCCUUCAGCGCUGGCAAUAUUCGCCUGCCGACCCAACUCGCACCCAUUCCAGGAGCGGCAUGUGUACCUGGAUGAGCCCGUCAAGAUCGGCAGGUCGGUGGCUCGGUGCCGGCCAGCCCAGAACAACGCCACCUUCGAUUGCAAGGUGCUGUCCAGGAAUCACGCUCUGGUGUGGUUUGACCACAAGACUGGCAAGUUCUACCUGCAGGACACUAAAAGCAGCAAUGGGACAUUCAUCAACAGCCAGAGGUUGAGUCGUGGCUCGGAGGAGAGUCCGCCCUGUGAGGUCCUCUCCGGCGACAUCAUCCAGUUUGGCGUCGACGUCACUGAGAACACACGCAAAGUCACCCAUGGCUGCAUCGUGUCAACAAUCAAACUCUUCCUACCUGAUGGGAUGGAGGCACGCCGACGAAGCGAUGUCAUCCAGCCUCCGUUACCACUACCUAUAGACAAGGUUGCAGCCAACACUCCCAGUAUGUAUUCUCAGGAACUGUUCCAGCUCUCCCAGUAUCUACAGGAGGCCUUACACAGAGAGCAGAUGUUGGAGCAGAAGUUAGCCACUCUGCAGCGUCUGUUAGCCACCACUCAGGAGGCCUCAGAGAGCAGCUGGCAGGCUUUGAUUGAUGAGGACCGUCUGCUCUCCAGGCUGGAGGUGAUGGGCAGUCAGUUACAAGCUUACUCUAAGUCCCAGACGGAGGAAGGGAUCCGUAAGGAACUCUUGGCUCUUCAGGAGGACAAACACAACUACGAGACAACGGCAAAGGAGUCUCUGAGGAGAGUUCUGCAGGAGAAGAUCGAGGUGGUCAGGAAGCUGUCAGAGGUGGAGCGCACGCUCAGUAACACCGAGGACGAGUGCACCCACCUGAAGGAGAUGUCUGAAAGGAGUCAGGAGGAGCUGAGGGAGCUCGCCAACAAGUACAACGCAGCUGUUAAUGAGAUCAAAGAGCUCACUGACAAAAUUAAGGCUGCAGAGGGAAGACAAGAGGAGCUCACUCAGCGUGGCGCGACAGAGAAGAGGGAGUUGGAACUACGGAUUGAGGAAAUGGAGGAGAAGGAGCAGGUUCUCCAGGCUCGCAUCGAGGCUCUGCAGGCAGACAAUGACUUCACCAAUGAGAGGCUUGCUGCCCUGCAGGUGCGGUUAGAACAGCUACAAGAGAAAAGCAUUAAAGAGAACAACAGUCUGGAUGUCGUCACUGUCCCCCACGGACCAGUAGAGGAGCUUGUCGAGGACAGAGAUUCCACACAGCAGAUACGCGAGAGCCAGGAGGAAGACGAUGAUGAGGAGGAUACAGACACCGAUGAUGGUGCAGUUGGGGAAGAUGAAGAUGCUGAUGACAACUGUCAUGUUAACAACAGCGGAGGAGACUCAACUAGAAUCCAACAAUUGAUUGAGUGUCCGCCGGUCAAACAGCUAAAGGAGACCGUCAGUUCUUCAAUCCACAAACUGGCCAACUUUGAUGAAGUGAUGGACGCCCACUUACAGAACAACCAGACGGCGGGAGAUGACAUCCUGACCAGCCCUGAUCGACUCAAAGGGAAUCAGAUGGAUGCCAAAGAGUCAGACAUGUCCGACACUCUGAGUCCCAGCAAAGACCGCAGCAGUGACGACACGUCAGAUGGAAACAUGAACGACCAAGAGCUGAAUGAACCUCAGAACAGAGUAGCUCUGCUCAAAGCUGAGCUACAUCGGGCCGGUCUAGAGCCUGGAGACACGGAGCAGGUCAUCCACCAUCUCCACAGAGAGCUUCUGGAGGCCCAAGAAUUAGCCAACACCGGCAAGCAGAAAUGUCUAGAGCUACAAGCUCUGUUGGAGGAGGAGAGGAGGAGUAACUCUCAGCUGACUGAGGAGUCGACCAAACAGAUCCAGUUCUUGCAGACUCAGCUUGGGAAGCUUCAGGCUGACAUGGAGGCACUGAGGGAGCAGAGGGAGAGCACCAUCUGCAGCACCAGAGAGGAGCUUUACUCUGCUCAGGAGGAGAUUCUCGUCCUGCGACACGCUAUGGAGGCGGCCACGGCGGAGCGGGAGCGUGAGAUCACUGUCCUGCAGGCAGACCUGGUCAGUGUGCGCUCCGAGCUAGAGCACUGGAGGAACACAGCCGCCAAGUACGAGGAGGAGAUCGCCCGGCUGCAGGAGGCCUUCACGCAGCAGCAACAGCAGCAGACCGCUGCCAGCGAGCUGCAGGCGGAGUGCACUGCAUUGCACCAGCGGUGUACGUGUUUGCAGCAGGACUGUGACGGCCUGAGAGCUGAGAGGAAAACACUCACAGAAAAACUGCACCGCCUGGAGGCUGAGCUGAGCAGCACCAGGGAGAAGAGUCUGGUCCUCAGCAGCAGUCUGGAGUCUCUGGAGAAGAGGGAGGAGGUUUUGCAGGACAAACUGGGUUCUCUGGAGAAUCAGCACCUGCAGGACGCGAGCAGGCUAAAGAGCCAGCUGGACCAGGCCCAGGCCCACACACACACACUGCAGAAAGAGUAUGAAGACACACAGUCCCAGCUAUCUGAUCUCCGUCAGCGUUAUGAGAGAACAGAGCAGGAGAAGCUGAACAUCCACCAGGAGCUGGAGCAGUGCAGGAGCAGCCUCAAGCUGCUGCAGGACAAGUCCAGCUCUAGCGGCUGGAGCCCCUGGAUGCCGGUCGUCGCAGUGAUGGUCGCCGUGACGGCCGCCGUCCUCUACCCCAACCUCUCCAAGAGCAGCUCCACCUAGGACACAAAACACAAGCGAACACACACAUGGAGCGCCGUGAGGAGAGCGUCACUGCUUUACUUGUAUAAAGUCUAAUUGUACAUAAUUGUAGAGGGAUAUAAAGGUUGUGGUUUCUACAGAGGACUCAGAAGCUUCUUGGAUUAUUUUGUUUUGGGUUUUUGUUGUUGUUGUUGUUGUUUUUCCUGCGGCGGGGAGUUUUGUUGUUUUUAUUCUCCGCUCUCUCAGCUCUGGUGGGGGGCUCCUUUUUUUUUUUUUUUUUUCCCCCUUUCCCCAUUUUUUUUCGUCUCUCUGCUGAUUUCCAGGUAACAAAAUGUUCUCCAGCAGGUGGAGCUUCCACAUACACACAAAAACCUGCUUAAUGUUAACCCGGCGCUUUCCAGCAGCUUCGAACGUCACUGACAGGUCUGAAUCUGUCCGUUUCAUCUUUACCUCUGAGAUUUACCUCUGUGUUAGAGCAGAUCUAGAGGAGGAGCCACUUUUUCUUGAUCCCAGUUUACAGACGUCAGCUGUAAUUCACCCAGGGGAUGUACCCAUCUUCGAUUAAUACCAAUAAAUACUUUUUGAAUCUCCUUCAGGACACAAAAUAACCACACAUUUCAUUUUAGUUUUCUCUGAUAAAAUGUCCAAAACAGAUGAAACAACAAUUUAAGGCACUUCCUUGAUAGCAGCUGUUUCCAAACAGUAACUAAAGGUUAGAAGUGUAGUUAAACCACAGCGGAGGUUUAUGUUAGGGCAAGGUUGUAGUACUUGAAUGGGAGCUCCAGUAAAGUGGCCCACAGUGCUGCGACAUCCCUCAGCUCCAUCGAUUGCUACAGUUACUACAAUUAAAAUGAUAAAAACAGAAACAGUUAUUUAUUUAGCUGUUUCCAGCUUUUCUAUCAAGGAUAUGUUGACAAUUUGUCCAGAAGAAACAUGUUUACACCACUAAAAUGAACUGUGUUGUACUCCGUUGGGACCCAUUCAGUCUGUCCUGAGAGCGCCCCCUGUGAAACAGAUCAGGAGAGUUUGGUGCGUUCUCUGAUUUCCUGCUAACAUCUCAGUUUCACUAGAGUUAGAGUAAUUUGAAUACUUUGGGCUUUAAGAUCUGUUUUUGGUCAGAUAGACGUUCGUUCAGUGACUUCAGGUGUUCCGCCUUAAAUGUGAGUUCAGGUGACCGUGCAUCACAUCGGGCUUGAGCAGGUCUGAGUUUAUAGACUCGGGGUGAUCCUGGCUCUAAGAGCACAAACGAAGCACAAAUGGUGACAAAGCGCACCAUGUCGUCGUGAUUAACCCGAGGCUGCUGGGAAGCUCUCGCGCUGAAGCAAUUUCAGGAAGCUCUGCCCUGUUCUGCUUUCAGUCGGCCAUGUUGGAUGUCUAACUUGGCGUUUUCUCUGGGGUUAUUAUUUUAAUUUGUUUCUUUGUUUCUGUUUGGGGAAAUUCUGGGGUCUGGGUUGAAACUUGAAGCCAAAUUAUUGAAAUAAAAUCUGAUUUAUUUUAUGUUGGGUUUACUUUUUUUUUUUUCUCCAUGUUGGGGGCACAGAGAAAAGGGGUCAAAGUGCCUCUGAUGUAACUAACACCACAGUUUGUGUAUGUGUGCAGACACGCACACACACACUUCACCUGAUAUACACACCACACACACUUGGUUUGACAGUCAGAGCUUAGUUUUUCCAGGGCUUUCAGCUUGAUCACGGCUCUUUAAAUGUCCGAGAAUUUUCCAGAAUUCAGAUUAACCGACUAUACAACACCCGAAGAGCAAAGUUUUAAAGGAGGAACAAGAAAAUUUGUCAUGUUUUCUGAGUUUAACGGGCCAAAUAUCAAAAUCUAUUCAUUUUUUUUAAUGACACACAAGACGUCAGACCUCUGAUGAAAUAUUUUGAGAGACAUUGAAUCAUUUCAAAGUGUGUGUGUGUUGGUAGACAGGGAUGUGUGUGUGUGGGUUCACAGUCUGGACUCUUGAGCAGCGUUCGUCAUCGUUCGUGUACUCCGUCUCGUCUCCGUGUUUAAAAAGAACUAAAAUAAGACAAUGAACAAAUACUCCUGAUGUGUAAAGAGAAAAAACACUACAGAACAGAGAGAGAAUUGUAAGAUAAAAUGUUAUCGACUGAUGUGCUACUAGACUUAUUUUGUUAAAACUGUUUAGAGAUAUGAGAGGGAGCUAUGUAGAGAAUAUGAUGAGGAUGUAUUGAAUAUGCAGAGCGAUGUUUGGAUUAAAGUUGUAGCAAGCUGACCCACCAAACCUGCUUCCUGUGUCUUUAUUCACAAACACUGAGAGAUGAACUCAUUUUGGGUCAAUAUAAAUACUUCAGAAGGUUGAAACUAUCCUGUUUUUUUCCAUCCAGCUUCUGCAUGCUGUUAUUUUGAAAUGGCAACAGCAGGAAGGGCAUUACAAAGGGAUUUUUACUGUAACUGCUCACAAGAUUUAAAACUCUGCAUCAGAGUUGGGUAAAAAAACUAUCUUAUAUCGUGUAGAGAUGGUGUGCACUUUCUGGUUCUGAAUUAAAUGCAAUUAAGACACUUUAAGUAUUAAUGUUUCCAGAUUAUUGAAGACUGCUGUGUUAAAGAAAACAUAAUUCUCUUUAAUCCAUUUUUACUAGAUUAAAACACUGCAAGAAGAAAGGUAAAGAUCAGUAUGAAUGCCUUCAUUUCUGAAAAAUCUCUAGAUUGGAGUAUUAUAUUAAACUGAUUUGUGAAUUUGAAUGAUUUUGUAGUGCACAAACAACUCCCAAGUACAAGAAAAUGUUUAUAAAAUAUGUACUUUGAUCGAUACAGGAUUAAUGAAGUGGGUUUUUUUUAAGGGAAAGUAAUGUUAGAGUAAAGUUUUAAAGACAAAAUUAUCUCAAAGUUGUUAAAGUUGCUUUAUCAUUAAGAAAAAUCUUGAAAUAUCAGCACCUAAAAUCCAAACGUGUGCUGCUGCAAACCCUUAAUUUAUUAUUUUUACUUUUGUUUCAUUAAUCAUGGUUAGCAGAUUACAAGUUACAGAAUUGCAGUCAAGUAUCUCUGGUUGAAUCUUCAGAGAAAAAGAAUAAACAUCAUAGUCAUGUUUUCUUUUUGUGUAUGUGUGUUAUUAUUUACAGCUUUUCUAUGACGACAACCAAGAAAGAUGCCUAAAAAUAAAUUAUUGGUUGAUGUAUAUAUGUUUUUUCACAUGCUAUAUGUUCAUGUUCCUCUGUGUAUGGUUGUUUAUCAGGGUGAUGAAAACUCAGAGCAAAAACGUAAAAUAACAAUAUUUUGUCCUCUUGAAAGUGAACACAUCACAUAAUUCCCAUGUUCACACCCCUUUUUUUUUUCUUUUUUUUUUUUGAGGUAUUAAG